AUGGAGUCCAGCUACUUUGCCGUUCAGAGAAGAGCUCUGGAAAUCGUUGGAUUCGAUCCUAGUAGUCCACAACUGAGGGUGAAACAUCCCAUUUGGGCAGGGAUUCUAGUCUUAUCCCUGGUUUCCCACAAUUGGCCAAUGGCGGUGUACGCUCUGCAGGAUCUAUCCGACCUAACUCGUCUCACGGACAAUUUUGCGGUGGUUAUGCAAGGAUCCCUGAGCACCUUCAAGUUCCUUGCUAUGAUGGCAAAACGCAGACGUAUUGGGUCAUUAAUUCAUCGAUUACACAGACUGAACCAGGAGGCCAGUGCCACGCCCAAUCAGCGGUUGAAGAUCGAGAGGGAAAACCAACUCGAUCGGUAUGUCUCGAGAUCCUUCCGGAAUGCCGCAUACGGUGUGAUAUGGGCCUCGGCCAUUGCUCCCAUGCUGCUGGGCCUGUUGGGCUAUAUAAGAACUGGAGUCUUUACCCCCACCACGCCCAUGGAGUUCAAUUUCUGGCUGGACGAGCGGCAGCCGCAGUUCUAUUGGCCCAUCUACGUUUGGGGCGUUCUGGGCGUGGCAGCCGCCGCCUGGUUGGCCAUCGCCACGGACACUCUAUUCUCCUGGCUAAUUCACAACGUGGUCGUUCAGUUUCAGUUACUGGAAUUAUACCUCGAAAAGAGGGUUCAUAAUCAUAAUCAGGAUCAGGACUUCCAUCUAACCGAAUGCAUUCAUCGACAUCGCUUGGCUCUCGAUUUGGCCAAGGAACUGAGUUCGAUUUUUGCCGAGAUCGUUUUCGUAAAAUACAUGCUAAGUUACCUGCAACUCUGCAUGCUGGCCUUUCGUUUCAGCCGCAGUGGCUGGAGUGCCCAAGUGCCGUUCAGAGCCACCUUUCUAGUGGCCAUUAUCAUCCAACUGAGUUCUUACUGCUAUGGCGGCGAGUAUCUGAAGCAGCAAAGUUUGGGAAUAGCCCAGGCCGUCUAUGCUAAUUGCAAUUGGCCAGAAAUGCCACCGAAGAAGAGGAGACUGUGGCAAAUGAUGAUCAUGAGGGCCCAGAGACCGGCAAAGAUUUUUGGCUUCAUGUUCGAUGUGGAUCUGCCACUGCUACUCUGGGUAACUAGAACCGCUGGCUCCUUUUUGGCAUUGCUAAGAACUUUUGAGCGUUCUUAA